GCAGUGUGUCAGCGCGUUGCCACUCCUGCGCCCCGCCUCGAUAAAGCAGAUACAACUUGUAGAAGUGCUGAUUUGUGUAGAGGGGAGCGUGUGUGUGAGUGUAAAUCAGUGUGUGAGAGUGCUGAAGACCACCGGGAAGAUGCUGCUGCUCCUCGCGGUUCGGCACUGAGAGUCUAUCCGAGCAACAGGUCGUUGAGUCGGGCUGCUGGUGAGGGAAGGAGGGACAGUGUGGAUGCGGAAUGGAGGAGCGGUCGGACGGCUUCACCACCACGGGCUGCACAUGGCUCUGGCCUCUCAGCGACCUCACCGGAGUCCCCCUGGAUCAGGUGAACUUCAUAAUUUGCCAGGCAGUUGGCCUCGCUGCUGCUUUCUGGUUCCGCCGGAGCUUACGCCCUCAGCGGGUCAGUCCAGCAUUGCGCCACGCUGUCACCACCUUUUUGGGGGUAUCAUUCGUCAUCUUCUGCUUUGGAUGGUAUGCAUCACAUAUCUUCAUCCUGACGCUGGGUUGCUACAUAAUCCUGUGCAAAGCGAGCGUUCACAAUGUUCACUGGUAUUCUAUGGUUGUGGCAGUGGGCUACCUCACAGCGUGCCAGAUCAGCAGGGUCUUCAUCUUCAGCUACGGCAUCCUGUCUACAGACUUCUCAGGCCCACUGAUGAUGAUAACGCAGAAGAUCACCACUCUAGCCUUUCAGGUUCAUGAUGGUAUGUGUCGCAAGCAAGAGGAGCUCACCCCAGAGCAGAGACGUCUGACAGUAGCCACAAGACCGUCCCUGCUGGAGUACCUCAGCUACAAUCUGAACUUCAUGAGCAUCCUGGUAGGACCGUGCAGCAACUACAAGGACUACAUAGAGUUUAUAGAGGGACGGCACGUGCAGAGCAAGCUGAGGAGGCUACAAGAGGGCAGCCCAGAGCAGAACGGCUGGGACGCGCUCUCGGAGCCUUCGCCUGUGCGAGCUGUGUGCCAGAAGCUGCUGGUGUGUGUCGGCUGCAUGUUCUGGUUCUUCGCAAUCACAAAAUCGUUUCCCACCACCUAUGCCGUCGACCCUGAGUUCCUCAGUCAGGCCUCAUUUCUCAGGAAACUGGUCUAUGGUUUCAUCGCCAUCCAGGCGGCCCGACCCAAGUUCUACUUUGCAUGGACUCUCUCUGAUGCUGUCCAUAACGCAGCAGGGUACGGAAUCAGUGGGGUGGACGAGAAAGGCCAAGUGUCCUGGGACCUCGUCUCCAAUAUCCGCAUCUGGGAGAUUGAGACAGCAACCAGCUUCAAAGCAUUCAUCGACAACUGGAACAUUCAGACUGGAGUAUGGCUGAAGAGUGUGUGUUACGACCGGGUGCCGUAUUACCGGACACCUUUGACUUUUGUGCUGUCAGCGCUUUGGCACGGAGUUUACCCUGGAUACUACUUCACCUUCCUCACAGGCAUCCCCGUCACCCUCGCUGCUCGUGCUGUGCGCAGGAAUUUCCGCCAGUACUUUUUGGGCUCCCCCACCGUGAAGUUUGCCUAUGACGUGGUGACAUGGCUGGCCACGCACUUGGCCAUCUGUUACACUGUUGUGCCCUUCACACUGCUAGCCAUGGAGCCUACGCUGGAGUAUUACAGGUCAGUGUACUUUUAUGUGCACAUCAUCAGCAUUCUGGCUAUAAUCCUCCUGCCCAGCAAACCCAGGAGCUCCAAGCCUGAAAAACAUGCCCAGCACUUCAACAAUAAUGUGAAAGGAGACUGAACACUGCUGCGGUGUGUGUAUGUGUGUGUGGAGCGCAGGCAGAGCAGAGACAUGGGCCUGGACAAAGACGGCUCUGUGAGAACGCAACAAAGACAGCUCGACGGGGCCUUGACCAGCUGGCUGGUUGGCCCUGUGCUGCCCUCUCAGCCAGGACGCUUGCCAGAGAAGCACUCUGUACCCACACAUACACACAAACACAGUCUCUGAGGUGGACACGGCAGCUCUAGGGUUGACAGCGCACCCCAAAAGCCCUGAGCCGCAAGUCUGAUUCAGACUCUAACAGAGACUUUGAAACUCCGGAAUCACACACACAGAACAUUUUCUGGAAACAGCAGAAUGAACACGUCACAGCCUUUACUAAGUAAAUUAAUUCUGCCCUUGUUAAGGGUUUUUAAAACUGUUAAACUCGGGGGGAGAAGAAGAGUCUAAUUGUAAACUAAUAUUGUCUAAUAUGUAUUUAUUGUCUAUAUAGCAUUGGUUUUGCAAGAAACAAGAUUUCAGUAAUGUUACCAUUUUAAAGUUUUUUUGAGUAAAGAAUAAAACAAUUUUUCAAAUAAG